CUAAAUUAACAGGAACACAAGAGUAGUAAUAGUAAAACUAAUAAUUAGCUGUCUAUCAAAAUGUUUUAACUUUGCUUCGUAAUGAUGACAUAUGAAUUUAAUUUUCUCAAUCAAAUUGAUUUACAAAUUGGAAAACAAAUGAUUAAUUUAAUUGGGACACCAAAGUAACGGUAAAAUAAAAAAGGUAAACCAAUUAAAUGAAAUGUCAAUCAAAAAAUGUCUUCUCACUUUUCAGGACAAAUUGGUUUUGUUUUUAUUUUCUCGUCUCUUUGGUUACUCAAUGUAAGUUGAAAUCCAAACAAAAAGGAUUAGUUAAUUGUUGCGAAUGGAAAAUAAAUUGUCACCAAUUAACUUAAUUUCUUAUUGUGUCAGUCCAAAUAAUUGAAUGGACAAUAUAACCUUAAACAAGAAUCAAGUCAAAGUCAUACUAGAGCUUGUCAAUCAAAUAGGUUCCAAUAGAUCACAGAAUUUAUCAGUAACUAGUUUAACACCAACAUGGGAACGAAGAUCAAUUGAUAAUUCAAAUGGAAACGAUUAUUUUAUCAAGCAAACUUGCGAUGGUAACAAUGAUAAUAAGAAUCAACUUUUUGUUACAUUAGAUGACAAUAUGGAUGCUGUUGAUUUGUCUUCUUCUUUAGGUGAUGAUAAUCAGAUUACUCCAAAAACCAUGGAGAAAGUUCAGUCAAAUGAUGAGAAAUUAUUCUUGAAAAUUGAAAAUGGAAAUGAUAGUAAACCGGUUGAACAUGAAAAUAUCAACAGAUCGAUACCACAAUUGGAAUACUCUUAUCCUUACUUUUCUCAUUCCAUUUCGAAUCGUCCAUUGAUUAAAUCACAAUCAUUGGGGGCGAUUGAAUGUUCACCGUUACUCUCACCGUUGGGUAAAGAUUCAACGAGUGAAUUAUUGAGUCGACAAUUAGUAACUGCAUCGUCUAUAUCGUCACUGAUUCCACCUCGAACAGCUCCAUCGCCAAGUCAUUCGUUGGUGUCGUUUGGCUCAACUCAAGGGGAAACAGUUAAUUUCCGUCGAUACACUCGAAGUGUCACAUCUUCUCUUGGUGGGAUUAUCAGUCCCAAUGAUGAUUGGGAAGAAAAGAGACGAAAAAUGUUGCAAUAUCGAGCCGAACUUUCGGCUCAAAGAGAGGAAAAAGCUAGACGAGAACGAGAAGAGAAGGAAAAGGUUCGAGCAGAAGAAGAAGCGGCUGAGAGGCGAAUGGUCGCUGUUCAACUUCGAUUGAAAGAAGAAUAUGAAUUAGAACGAAGGUUAAUUGAGGAGAAACGUGAGACAAUUGAGAAGCGUCGAUUAGCAGUUAUCGCAGCAAUGGAACAAUCUAAAGGUCGAGGGAGAUUGCGAAAAGAUAAUGACCAAUUGAUGAACUAUUCCAAUCGAGGACUAACCACUACUGAGAAAAGUUCCGUUUCCACUCAGACAGAUAAUUACAUUGAUCGUCAAUCAACAAACACGAUUCAAGAGUUUACCUCGAACAGGUCAACCUCGAAUUGUAAUCACUGUUCAUCCUCUUCUCAAACCGAUAUUAGUUUACUUUUCGAUCUGAUCAGAUCACUUGGUUUCUCAACGAUGACUUUAAAAGGUACAACAUCGGACGAUGAAGAUGAUGAAAGAGAUGCAACUAGUUCGAGGUACAAAAAUGGACUCAGAUCGACAAUUCGAAGAUUGAACAAAACGGCCAAAGCGAGAUUAGGUCGAAAUGGAUUGAAAUUUGAUCUCAAUGAAAAUCCAAUAAAGACAAUUGAAAGUGAAUCGAAUACAAUUAAAAGAAAUCUAAGUAAAAGUGCUUCCCAUACUAAUCUCAAUCGAAUCGGUAAAUUAAAACCAGAAAGUAAUCAAGACAAAUCGGUUAAUCACCUGAAGGGUUUAUCAUCUUCAUCGUCAAAUCUUUUAACUAAUGAAAUUAAACCAACUAAACUAAAAGGAAUCAUUAACCAUAAGAAACAAUCAAUUUCUAAUCUUCCCUUGAUCAAUGAUAAUCAACUAAACUUUAAUCUUGAAUCGAUAUCAACUAUAAGGAAAGCGACUAAAUCAACAUUGGAAGGAAUCUUAUAAAUUGAUUGGGAGUAAUUGUUUAGAUGAACAAUUAACAGACUUAAUUGUUGGACAAAUUUACAUUUUACCUGAAAAUCUUGUUAUCUGUUUUUUUUGAUUGCUUGUUAAUAAUUUGUUUUGUUAAUCAGCUGAUAAACUUGGUCCCAAUCGUGAAAACUGCCAAAUCUAAAGGGAUUAACAAAGUGCAAUCAAUUCAUCGAUUCAAUAAAUCAAGGAAAGUCAAUGAAAAUCAUCAAUUAAAUUAAAUGACAAUCAGUUGAUUGU